AUACAUCCGAUUAUAUGGGAGAAAGUUUAGCAGAGAAGAUCAUGUACUUUUUAUCAAAUUGUUGUAUGAGUUGGUAACAAUUCCAAAACUGGAGAUAAGCAUGAUGCAAGGAUUUGCACGUCUUUUGAUAAACCUGUUAAAGAAGAAAGAACUGCUUUCCAGGGAUGAUUUAGAGUUGCCAUGGAGACCGCUUUAUGAAAUGUUGGAAAGGAUAUUAUACUCCAAAACAGAACAUCUUGGAUUAAACUGGUUCCCUAAAUAUUUUCCAGAAGAUGCCACUGUGGAAAUGCUGGAUGAAUGGAGGCCUUUAAUGUGUCCAUUUGAUGUUACCAUGCAAAAGGCUAUUACCUACUUUGAACUAUUUCUACCUACUACCCUUCCUCCAGAACUUCAUCAGAAAGGUUUCAAGCUUUGGUUUGAUGAGUUUAUAGGCCUUUGGGUGUCAGUUCAAAAUCUUCCCCAGUGGGAAGGGCAUCUAGUAAAUCUUUUUGCUCGCUUGGCCACUGACAACAUUGGGUACAUAGACUGGGAUCCGUAUGUACCAAAGAUUUUUACCAGAAUUUUGAGGAGUUUAAAUCUUCCAGUGGGAAGCAAUCAAGUUGUUGUUCCAAGAUUCUUAACAAAUGCCUAUGAUGUAGGUCAUGCGGUAAUGUGGAUCACAGCCAUGAUGGGUGGACCAAGUAAACUAGUGCAGAAGCAUUUGUCUGGGUUGUUCAAUAGCAUUGCCUCUUUUUACCAUCCUUCAAAUAAUGGGCGCUGGCUGAACAAACUGAUGAAACUACUUCAAAGAUUACCGAGUGGUGUUGUCAGAAGGCUUCAUCGUGAGCGCUACAAGAAAAUGACUUGGUUAACUCCUGUGCCUGAUAGUCAUAAACUUACUGAUCAGGAUGUUACAGACUUUGUAGAAUGCAUUAUUCAACCUGUUCUUCUGGCUAUGUUUAGUAAAACUGGAAGCCUGGAGGCUGCCCAAGCCUUGCAGAACCUUGCACUGAUGCGUCCUGAAUUAGUAAUUCCACCAGUACUUGAGAAAACAUAUCCUGCACUUGAGACAUUGACAGAACCUCAUCAGCUCACAGCUACUUUAAGCUGUGUAAUUGGAGUAGCUCGAAGUCUGGUGUCGGGGGGGAAGUGGUUUCCUGAAGGUCCGACACACAUGCUACCUCUACUGAUGAGAGCGUUGCCUGGAGUGGAUCCGAAUGACUUCAGCAAGUGUAUGAUUACAUUCCAGUUCAUUGCAACAUUUUCUACUUUGGUGCCUUUAGUAGAUUGUUCAUCUGUAUUGCAAGAAAGAGAUGAUCUUUCAGAGGUGGAACGAGAAUUGUGCUCUGCGACUGCUGAAUUUGAGGAUUUUGUACUACAGUUUAUGGAUAGGUGUUUUGGACUUAUAGAGAGCAGUACACUAGAACAAACCAGAGAGGAGACUGAAACUGAGAAAAUGACUCAUCUAGAGAGUCUAGUGGAAUUAGGUCUCUCUUCUACUUUCAGUACAAUCCUUACUCAGUGUUCAAAGGAUAUUUUUAAG